GGGGCACCGAGCAAACGAGUGUUGUGUAAAUAGAAUUACCCUUUCAUAUGAUAGGCCAAACGGAGCAUAGAUAGGGAAGAGAACCAGAGACAGAGAGGGAAACAUCAAGAUCAAGAACACUAUGCUGGUGCAGAGCAGACGGAGCAAUAGAAGAAGAUUAUGUAGAUAGAUUGUUGGGUCCUAUAUCCUAAAUACUCAUCAUCGUUAAUUGCCCUCCCUCUCUGCUCAAACAGUCCCUGAAGCUUCAGGUGGAAUUGCACACUUCAUCGCCGUCGCUACAAUCUACAGGCAACACAUGAAAGCUCAUAAAUUCCUCUAUCAUUUCCAGCACUGAAACGCGUUGAUUUUUGAACAGAGGCAAGUUAAAAAGCAACAAAGGAUCGGAAAUAUGGUCUGGGGUUUGUUCCCUAACGACCCACUUCCAGGUGAAGAUAGGUACUAUAUAUUCAGUAAAGGGACAUACAAAGUGGGUCGAAAAGGAUGUGACGUAAUAGUUAAUAAAGACAAAGGAGUUUCUCGAAUCCAUGCGGAAAUAGUGGUUGAUGUGAUGUCUUCCUUGGAGCAUUUACAAAACAAAUCUUCUAAUAUAUCCUCCAAUGUUCGAAUAAGAGAUUGUUCAAAGUAUGGAACUUUUAUUAGCAAGAACCUAGGGGCAAAAGAGAAAGUUCAUGAGUUCCCAAAUAAAGAAGCAACUCUAAAGGAUGGGGACCUGGUUUCAUUUGGAACUGGUAAUGCAACCUACAGGUUUUGUUUUGUUCCACUUAUGUUUCUUGUUUACUCCUCCGAACCUUUUAAAGUGAAUCAACUGCUUGAAGAGAAGAUACUAUCAAUAGGUGCUUGUAUGACUUGUAAUUGGAGUCCAGACUGCACACAUGUGCUUGUUUAUCAGUUCAUGCCAUUGACAGAAGAUGUGAUUGAUCCUUUUGUGGCCAAGAAACACUUCGUUCUUAAAGAAUGGAUUGAGGUUGUUGCAGAAAAGAAUAUAUGCACAGAAAUUCCGUGCUGCAGUUUUUUUGCUCCUACCUUGAUGCUGGAAGGAGUAUCAGUCAAAGUUGCUGACCCCAAAUCUCGAGAAAACUGUUUGAGAGGAUUCACUUUUCUAUUGGAACCAAUACACAAGUACAAUUUUAAGAAUAAGCUAUGGUCAUUAUUGGAAAUGGUUGGCGCCAAGGUUGUUUCUAUUGAAGGAUAUUGUUCAAAUAACCAAGGGUUGGAAGAUGAAGAAGAUAAGAGGGUGGUGCUUGUAAUCCCUCCUGGAUUGGCAGACAAGUUUGUGUCCUCCCGUAACCUUAGUUCUCUAUCUAGAGUAAAGGAGAAGGAUUUGAUUUGUGCUGCUUUUUCUGCACACUUGGAUCCUUCUGUCAUGGUAGCAGCACCUGGUAAGAGUCUAAUUUUUUUUUGGUGAUAAGUACCCUUUGAU